UGGGCCUCAGGCAAGACGAAAUGUCGGAUAUAUAAAAAUAAUGAAGGCAGCAAAGUCUGGCGUAUCGUCUGAUGUCUCACCAUUACACGGCGAUAAAUGGAGCCAAAACUAACCGCAUCCGACAGCCCAGCACCAGAAACAGACUCUUGCGGAUAAGGCGGAACCGCCAGGCUAUGAUUGCCAUGCUGAAAGCCAGUUGAUAGUUUCGAAAGCAAGUCGCGUCCAGAGGAGGAUCCUGCGUAAACAAGGUCUGAUCAGCCACUCACACGUAGAAACUGCCUGGUGGAAACGUGAGUAAGGGGUGUCAACAAUCGCUACUCCUCUGUGACUGGCCCAGCCUUGUUCCUGGCGCCCAUGCUAGCGCAUCUUGGUGCGAGCCUUGGUGUGCGUCUUGCAUGUUGGGCUGCAGCUCUGGCUGGGAUAACGCGACCUUUUGAUGGAGCUUAAAGCGGAGAUUACGAUCAGAUAAGAUAACGCGUCUUGCAAACAUGGCAAACAUAGCAUUAUGACUAAGCGAUCGCGCUCCAGCGCGUGAUCGCGUGAUUUAGCGCGACUCCAGGCGAAAAAGUAUUUGAAGGCGAAGGAGAAAGCUUUCACCCUCUUUCUUCCACUCCUCCAACUCCCAUCAACAACACCCCAAUAACCACGCUUCGUUCUUUUGUCUGCCCUUGAGCCACUCGGGAAAAACACGCCAGCAGUCACAAUGGCCACUCAGUCUACUCCUUCGAAGCAGGUAUGCUGCUGAUAUCCCUUCUAUAGUCGCGUGCUUAAGUGGUUUACUGACGCGCCUUGCUAUGGCUUGAUAUAGACUGCUUCCUCCCUGGAAAAGCUCAAGAUGGACGACUCGCCCAUCAAGCCUCUCAAGCUGGAUCUCGCAGACAAAGAGAAUGCUCCUGUCUCUUCGCAUAUUGCUGAGCCAGAGCUGAAGAAGGUCGAGAUUGAGGCCUCGAAGCCUGCUGAGACCCAGGUUGUCAAGCCUAAGACGCCCAAGGAGCUAGAGGCAGAGGAGCCUCUUCUUCAGGAGAACCCUCAACGUUUUGUUCUUUUCCCAAUCAAAUACCGCGAGGUAUGCUAGGAAUCUUACCCGUCGCGUUACGUGUUAAAGUGUUACUGAGGACUAACGCGUUAUCUUAUCAGAUCUGGCAAAUGUACAAGAAAGCUGAAGCUUCUUUCUGGACUGCCGAAGAGAUUGACCUCUCUAAGGAUAUUCACGACUGGAACAACAGGCUCAAUGACGAUGAACGAUUCUUCAUCUCCCACGUCUUGGCCUUCUUCGCCGCCUCAGAUGGCAUCGUUAACGAGAACCUCCUUGAACGUUUCAGCAACGAAGUCCAGGUACCGGAAGCUCGAUGCUUCUAUGGCUUCCAGAUCAUGAUGGAGAAUAUUCACUCCGAAACAUACUCUCUCCUCAUCGACACCUAUAUCAAGGAACAGAAGCAACGAACCUACCUUUUCGAAGCUAUUGACACAAUUCCAUGCAUCCGCAAGAAGGCCGAUUGGGCCAUUCGAUGGAUCCAAGAUAAGAAUUCCACAUUCGCACAGCGCCUUGUUGCCUUUGCUGCCGUCGAGGGUAUUUUCUUCAGCGGCUCCUUCGCCUCCAUCUUCUGGCUGAAGAAGCGUGGUCUCAUGCCCGGACUCACCUUCUCCAACGAACUCAUCUCCCGUGACGAAGGCCUACACACUGAUUUUGCCUGCCUUCUGUUCUCUCACCUCAACUAUCGUCCUGACCCCAGUGCUGUUGAGGCCAUCAUCACUGAAGCAGUCACCAUCGAGCAGGAGUUCUUGACCGAUGCCCUCCCCUGUGCCCUUCUCGGCAUGAAUGCUAAGCUCAUGUGCCAGUACAUUGAGUUCGUCGCCGAUAGGCUUCUCGUUGCUCUUGGUAACAAGAAGUUCUACAACACCACCAACCCCUUCGACUUCAUGGACAAUAUCUCCCUCGCUGGCAAGACCAACUUCUUCGAGAAGCGUGUUGGAGAUUACCAGAAAGCUGGUGUCAUGGCCAGUACCAAGAAGGAAGAGGACUCUUCUGAAGAACCCGAGAACGGCGGAGCCUUCCGAUUCGACGAGGAUUUCUAAACUAUAUCACCCUCUACUCUUUUCUCCUUUCUCAUUUUGUAUCAAUGAUUCCCCUUUCCGUGCUAUGACCCCUUCUCUUCGACUCCUAGAUAUCCUUAUACGAACCUUCCCACUCUUGCCAAGCAUCUGAUACUGAUGCCAUAAUACUUUUUUUCCUUACUCUCCCAUCUUCACGUUCAUGCAGGCUCGGCGUUAUUUGGAUGUGGUUCAUGUCUUAUGUAUGUUAUCCAAAGCGGAUGUCCAUGGUUUUACACGCGGAAGUCCGCUUCGGAUGGGUUGGAAAUGUGAAUGUCAUGCGUAUAAUAAAAAAUAUUACUUAUCAAAACUUCACCUGUCUAUCUAUACCUCAAGUCGAGCAUCUGCUCUCGUCCUGUAUCAUGUAUCGAAUUAGUUAUAUCGUCAAAUACGUUUAUGAUUAUGAUCCCUGGUAGUGUAUUACUUUUCUAGUGCAAAUACCUCUGUGGUCCUAGUUACCACGUGUAAAUGAUGUCCGUCAAUAGUUUAUGGAUUCAACCUCUGUGUGUAUAGUCCUGUAUCAAUCCUCUCGUCUAUGCAUAAAGUACAUACGACCAUAGGAAGUGGAAAAUAGAGCUUCCCGUUCGCUCAGCUGUACAUAAGCCACUUGCCGGUCGGUUAGUCGUUGGGUGGGUGACCACUAGCGAAUCCUGACUGUUGUUGAUCGGUGCUCACCCGUUUUUUUACCCUCCUGGAGGAAGGCGUCCUUGCCGCUUUUUAGUACCUGGGUUAGUUAUCAACAGUAUGAAUUCAGGUGAAGUACACCUGAACUCUAUCUGCAUUUAUCUGUGUUUAUCUGCGUUCAUCUGCGUUCACCUACGCUCACCUGUAUUCGCCAUGGCCCAUAUCUACACGAUGUUGCCUUCUUAGGUUUAGGCAGUGUCCUAUAGGGACACACUCACAAUUUCCCUAAUAACCAGGGUAAUUAUUUCUAUAAGAUAUAUCGCGCGACCUCCUUUCUCUUCUAUUUCUCCGUUUGUGUUGUAUCUAUUUCUUGCUCUAACCUCCUUUUACAAACUGAGAUAAGGAUUAUAAUGGUAGCGGUAACCUUUCCAUCACUAUCUAAUUUUACUUAUACGAUUAACUUUACCUAUCAUAAUAAUAUCGAGAAGGAAAAAGUUAUUUUACCUUAUACUGAGGAUUUAUA